AUGUCUUGGCAAGAUCUAGUUAACAACAACCUAAUUGGAACUGGCCAUGUCUCAAAGGCAGCAAUUUGUGGGCUCGAUGGUUCUAUUUGGGGGAAAUCAGACAAUUUUAAGAUAGAUCAAUCGGAAGCAAAUGCUGCGGCAAAUGGACUUAAAAAUUCAGAAGGUGUCCUAGCUUCCGGAUUGCGGUUUGAAGGCGAAAAAUAUUUCGUGCUACAAGCUGACUCUGAGCGGAUAAUAGCUUUUAUAAUUGGCGUUUAUGAGAGUGGAGUACAACCAGAAAUGUGCAGUAAAACAACGGGCGCAUUGGCUGACUACUUUCGAAGCAUCAAUUAUUAA